AGGCCAUUUUUUCUAAAGUGGCUGGAAAAGGAGUUAGAGGCUCUUCACAAAAUGUCCGACUAUGGAAGUGUAGCUGAAGACAGUGACGAUGAAGUGGAAGAAGCUGUUGAAAUAAACGUUGAACAAGGUAUUAGAUAGGAGUGAGGGUUUUGUUGAUUUUGCGACAAGGUGUGAACACCAAAUGGCAUAAUUCCCGACUCCAGAAACCCUAGGGUACAAGCCUUGGGCGCAGGGAUUCCUGUGAUCGCUUGGGUGAACAAGGGUUAAUUAUGAUUGGUCGGUGGUAUUCAAGGCAACCAUUGACCAAUCACAAGUAACGAGUGUCCACCCAAAUGAUCCCAGAAAUCGUUGCGCCGAGAGCCAUUCCCCAUUAGAUUGGGAAAUCUAAAAGAGAAGAACACUGGACAAUACCCACUCUUAACCCUAAAGCUAAUUUGAAAAUCGCGCUACAACAGUACAUUUCCUUUGGAUACCAGAUAUAAGGGCCACGAUACCACAGACGAUACAACACAUUGUGGGCGCACAAGACUGUACAGCUGACAAGUGACAAAUAAGUGCGCAUGCGCUUGUUCGCCAUCUUGAAUGAGACCAUAAGUACGCGAGGCAGGGCAAGGUUGCUUCUCGUUUGUGUCCAUCAUAAAUCGCCUUUCAAAGGCUAAAAUGCAAAGUUUGGUUAAGAAGAAUUAAGGACAGUUAUUUUUUUACAGCGGAUGAAAUGCAGGAAGGGAGCACGGCAGAUAAGAAUCACAUAUCUUUGAAAAUCGAUCGCUCAGCUAAACGCAUUCAGUGGCUCAAGAAGAAUCAGAAA